AUGUACAACCAUGACUUCAAAACGGGUGAUUUAGUCCUCAUAAAGAACAGCAGACAGGAUGGCCCCCUCUGUGAUAAGAUGCAGAGUCAAUAUAUGGGACCAUAUAUGGUUGUUAAGCAGAGAUCCAGAGGCACAUACAUAGUAGUAGAGCUCGAUGGAUCAAUAUUCCGGCAUAUGAUUGCCAAGUUCAGGGUGAUACCCUACCUGGCCCGGAAAGACAUGUUGAGCACAGUGGAGACAGUCCUCUGA